CCUCACCCCUCGUUUUGGAACUUGUUCUUUUCCUCGACAUCUUCAAACUCCCCUGCCACACCUUCCCAGCCUAUCUGUCCAUCCAUACACCAGACCAUUUUUUGUUAUCGAAAAACAGUCUGUCAAGAUGGGUUACACAAAGACCGACGAGCUCGCCAUCAACACCAUCCGGGUCCUGGCCGCUGAUGCGACCGCCCAUGCCAACUCUGGCCACCCUGGUGCGCCCAUGGGCAUGGCACCCGUGGCCCACGUUCUCUACAGCAAGUUCAUGAAGUUCAACCCAAAGAACCCAAAGUGGCUCAACCGUGACCGCUUCGUUCUCUCCAACGGCCACGGCUGCAUGCUCCAGUAUGCCCUGCUCCACCUGUACGGAUACUCCCUGUCCAUUGACGACCUGAAGGCCUUCCGUCACGUUGACAGCAUCACUCCUGGCCACCCUGAGGCCCACGACACCCCCGGUGUCGAGGUCACCACUGGUCCUCUGGGCCAGGGUAUCAGCAACGCUGUCGGUCUUGCCAUUGCCCAGGCCCACACCGCUGCCAUCUACAACAAGCCUGGCUUCGACCUGGUCAACAACUACACAUACUGCUUCCUCGGCGAUGGCUGCCUGAUGGAGGGUGUCUCGAGCGAGGCCUGCUCCCUGGCCGGCCACCUGCAGCUCGGCAACCUGAUCGCCAUCUACGAUGACAACCACAUCUCCAUCGACGGUGACACCAACCAGGCCUUCACCGAGGAUGUCAAGAAGCGAUACGAGUCCUACGGCUGGCAGGUCCUCGAGGUCGCCGACGGUGACAGCGACCUCGACAGCAUCGAGAAGGCCAUCAAGGCCGCCCAGGAGGUCAAGGACAAGCCCACCAUCAUCAAGCUCAAGACCAUCAUCGGCUUCGGCUCCAAGAACCAGGGCACCCACGGCGUCCACGGCUCCCCCCUCAAGGCCGACGACAUCAAGCAGCUCAAGGAGAAGUGGGGCUUCAACCCCGAGGAGAGCUUCGCCGUCCCCCAGGAGGUCUACGACCUGACCGGCAAGGUUGUCUCUGCCGGUGCCGCCGCCGAGGAGGAGUGGAACAAGCUGUUCGCCAGCUACGGCGAGAAGUACAAGUCCGAGCACGACGACCUCGUCCGCCGCCUCAGCGGCAAGCUGCCCGAGGGCUGGGAGAAGUCGCUGCCCGUCUACACUCCCGCCGACUCUGCCGUCGCCUCGCGAAAGCUGUCCGAGAUCGUCCUGCAGAAGAUCCACUCCGUCAUCCCCGAGCUGGUCGGUGGCUCUGCCGAUCUGACUGGCUCCAACCUGACCCGGUGGAAGGAGGCCGUCGACUUCCAGCCCCCCGCCACCGGCCUGGGCGACUACACUGGCCGUUACAUCCGAUACGGUGUGCGUGAGCACGGUAUGGGUGCCAUCCUCAACGGUCUGGCUGCCUACGGCACCAUCAUCCCCUACGGUGGUACCUUCCUGAACUUUGUCUCGUACGCCGCCGGUGCCGUCCGUCUGUCCGCCCUGUCCCAGCAGCGCGUCAUCUGGGUUGCCACCCACGACUCCAUCGGCCUUGGUGAGGACGGCCCCACCCACCAGCCCAUCGAGACCCUGGCCCACUUCCGUGCCCUGCCCAACUGCAUGGUGUGGCGCCCCGCCGACGGCAACGAGACCAGCGCCGCCUACUACGUCGCCCUCACCUCCCAGCACACCCCCAGCAUCCUGGCCCUGUCGCGUCAGAACCUGCCCCAGCUCGAGAACUCCACGAUCGAGCGGGCCUCCAAGGGCGGUUACGUCCUGCACGAGGUCGAGGGCGCCCAGGUCACCCUGGUGUCCACCGGUUCCGAGGUGUGCAUCUGCAUCGACGCCGUCAAGGAGCUGGAGAAGCAGGGCAUCAAGGCCCGUGUCGUCUCCAUCCCUUGCUUCGAGGUGUUCGACGCCCAGUCCAAGGACUACCGCCUGUCGGUCCUGCCCGACGGCAUCCCGUCCCUGUCGGUCGAGGUCAUGAGCACCAUGGGCUGGGAGAGGUAUACCCACGAGCAGUUCGGCCUGAACCGCUUCGGUGCCUCUGGCGCGUACAAGGACGUCUACGCCAAGUUCGAAUUCACGCCCGAGGGCAUUGCCAAGCGCGCCAAGGCAACCAUCGACUUCUGGAAGGACGUGCCCAACAUCCGCUCCCCCAUCAACAGGGCGUUCCAGCAGCUCAUCUAAGGAGGGGAACGUAGUCUGGCAGAAAAGGUUUACGAGGGAUGAUACAGAUAUAUCCGUAAGAGGUUUAAAUAGACGGGUGCACAUUUAGCAAGAAUUGCACCAUAGCACAAUGAAUGAAUUCCGAUGUACUUGACUGUUUUGUCCCUGAAUAACUGCAUCUUGGGGUGUGAUGAGCAAAUUACGAUUAACACUCUAGGUGUUGUAACUUUUACCAGCAUAUCCGGCAACGACAUUUUCUUCAACAAGAUGAAAAUCACCCUGGCCUCAGAUCCACAGAUGCUCUCUCUCCCUGUCUGCUGCCAUGGGUUUGUCCGUCUGUCAACUUGUCCUUUUUUCCCCUGCCUCCACAUCCGGUCAUCUGGGCGCUGUAUGCCUCAUCCUACUACUACCCCUGUAGAACCAGCGCGAAUCUCCUGGUUUUGGGUUUUGUUCCAUCGACCCCUACACAGGGUGGGACAUGAAGGCUUCUCUCUGCUCGCUCGCACCUUUCGCCGGGCGGGCGUGGUUGUCUCGCCCCGCCCCGCCCCGGCUGUCCUCCAGGCAAUCAAUCAGUUGAUCAACAAACCACAUGCCAGCACAGCACGCCCUCCCACGGCCGCCCCCCCCCCCCCCCACACCGAUAUUUUUUCUCGCCUGGCCGUGACGAUGUUGUGGUCCACGCCCUGGGCCCAAGGCCCAAGAGCCUCGUGGCAGCCGCCUGCUCUGCGCGUCGUACCUCGCUGACAGGGCAGGUCAGGUAGGUAGGGAGGUAGGUGAAUAGAGGGUCGACUUUCACGCCCGCCCUGCCCUCCUUCCCCACCCCCCCUUAACCCCCUCACCACCCCAGGGACCGACAGGCCUCAUCACCGCCGCCCCGUGGAAACCCACUCGGCCUGGAACACCCUCGCGACCUUCUCGAGCCGCGCCGCCGCGCGCCGCGCCUCGCGCAGGUCCUCUGCGCGCGGGGCGACCACGGUGCCGGUCAGCAUGGGCGGGUCGCGGGGGUCGACGCCCUCCUCCCCGGCCGCGUCGUCGUCGUCAUCAUCACCAAACCCCCCAUCACCACCCCCACCCCCGCCCCCGCCGGCAUCGUCCCCCCCGGCGGUGACCAGGCUCUCCUCGCUGCGCCGCCCGGGGGCAGCGCCCAGCGCCAGGCCCAUGGGGCACAUGUAGCUGUGCAGGACGACGGGCCCCGCGGCGGGGAGCUCGACCAUGGUGCGGAGGGGGGCGCCGCGGCCCAGGCGCUUGGCGGCGUCGUAGGAGAGGAGGGCUGUUGCUGUCAGGGAGGUGAGGGCGCGGGACUGGGUUGUUGCUGGGGAGGGGGGGUCUUCUCCUGUGGGGGUGUCGGUGUCGGAGGAGGCGGGGUUGUCGUCUUCUUCUGUUGAGGAUGGGGAGGGGGAUGUUGAGAAGGUUGUUUGGUGGUUGGUUGUGCGUUUUCUGUGGUUUUGGCUUGGGUCGUGGUGGUGGUGGUGUUGUUGUUGUUGUGAGGAGGUGGGGUGUGAGGUUGGUGUUGAGGCUGACGCUGACGCUGACGAGAUCAGGGGCGUGGUGGCCCUGUCUGUCAUGUGGAUGGCCAGCGAGGGGUGUUUGGCUGGGAGGCUCGCCAUGUUUGGUUGGGUGCCUUGGUGCCUGGCUGGCUGGCUUGCCCUUGUUGGUCCGGUCAGGAGGGAGGGGUCCCGUACUGUGGUAGGCUGAGUGACUGAUCGAUUGGGGGCCGUUUGGGUGUUUGAUGGGAUCGCAACCCUGGACGGACGGGGGAAGCUUAAAGAGGCCUCGGGUUAGAUCUGACGAUCCUGACCGGCAGAGGGAGGGAGGAAUGUAUCGAGGAUCGCCCCGGCCCGCGUGUGGGUGUUUGUGUGACUUUGACUGAGGGUACGGUAGCCAGCCAGAGCAGUCAAUCGAUGUGCGGGGUCUGCCUGUGGUGUGGUCGGCCCAACUUCUAAUUCCGCGACUGAGGACGGACUGGAAUGAGAUGUUGUAAGCGGGGAGACAGAGACCUGAUAAGUAUCGUGGAUCUCCUGGUCUCCUGGUCUCCUGGUCUCCUGGU